AUGGAUGUUGAGUUGAAAGAAAAUACCCAUCUGGAACAUCCGGUUAUCGGUCGGAUACGUAGAUUUUUCUCGGCCAAACAGUUGUUCGAAUGUCUGCAGCCGUUAUUUUUCCUUCUCUACUGUCAUGGUCUGGUGCCCUUCUAUAUCCACAGUGAUUCGCAUGGCCAUAAGCGUAUGAAACAAUCGGCCUGGGGUUAUGUCAAUGUGGCCCUUCACAUUGUCGUCUACGGGGCCUGUUACACCCUGACCCUGCUAAAUGAUUUCGAAACGGUGGCUGGAUACUUUUUCAGUUCCCACAUAUCACAUUUUGGAGAUUUCAUGCAAAUUCUUAGUGGAUUUCUGGGUGUCAUGGUCAUCUAUUUGACAGCGAUCAUACCGAAAUAUUAUGUCCAGCGCAGCAUGGCAGCAAUGCAGGAUAUGGAUUAUCUUCUACGUGACAUGGGCAUCAAAAUAAUGUAUAGUAAAAUUUUACGUUUUAGUUAUAUUUAUAUUCUGACAAUGGUCACGGCGAAUUUGACCUAUACGAUAGGUAGUUUUCGCCUGUUGAAGAAAAUCAAUGAAGCACCAUCGUGGUCGUUGCAUGUUACGUUUAUCUUGCAACACACCGUGGUGCUGUUUGCUGUGUCAAUGUUUUCCUGUUUUACACGAAUGAUUGAAAUGCGUUACAAUAUGAUGCAUCAGGUCCUCAAAAAUCUCAGCCACCAAUGGGAUACACGCAGCAUUAAGGCCAUCACCCAAAAACAACGUUCCCUACAAUGCCUGGACUCCUUCUCCAUGUAUACCAUAGUUUCAAAAAAUCCCUCGGAAAUCAUACAAGAAUCUAUGGAAAUACAUCAGCUAAUUUGUGAAGCAGCAUCGACAGCCAAUAAAUAUUUUACCUAUCAACUACUGACCAUUAUUUCAAUUGCAUUCCUGAUCAUUGUUUUUGAUGCCUAUUAUGUCCUUGAAACACUCCUGGGUAAAUCGAAACGAGAGAGUAAAUUUAAAACUGUGGAAUUUGUCACCUUCUUCUCCUGUCAAAUGAUUUUGUAUUUGAUUGCAAUCAUUUCCAUUGUCGAGGGCAGUAAUCGGGCAAUUAAGAAGAGCGAAAAGACGGGCGGUAUUGUCCAUGCUCUAUUGAAUAAAGCCAAAACCCCUGAAGUCAAGGAGAAGCUACAACAAUUCUCAAUGCAACUGUUGCAUUUGAAAAUAAGUUUUACCGCUGCUGGCCUAUUUAACAUCGAUCGAACGCUAUAUUUUACGAUAAGCGGUGCCCUAACCACAUAUCUCAUCAUUUUGCUGCAAUUCACUUCAAGUGGCCCUCAGAGUCUCUGCGAUAAUGGAAAUUCGACGGCUAUUGCAAAUUUAACGCAACAUUAG